ACAGCCAUCUCCUUACAGCCAUCUCUGAGCCUCUUUCCCUCUCUUCUCCCGGCAGAGUUUGGACCAACCUAACCACCCUCGGCCAGGAUUCACCACACAUCGAGCCAGCAUCAUGAGACCUGUGUCACCUUUGCAGCUCCUGCUGGUGCUCAGCCUAGCACCACAGCCAGUGCUUGGAAGUCCCAAGCAAUACUUUCUGAAGUACAUCCUGGAACCUCCACCGUGCAGAUCGGAGCCCGGAGCGUGCAACAUGUUCUGUACGCAGCAGGAGGAAUGCCCUGAACCGCUUCAGUGCUGUUCCGCCUACUGUGGGAUAGUGUGUACCUCAAACCAAGCCCCAGUACUAGGGCUCUCCUAAGGCUCCCCUCUCCCAGCCCUGGCACCAGAGCUGCUGGCAGAGGCCAACAGCAGAGGCUGUUGCCCACGACUGUGAUGAGUGUCCUUUCCUUUUUCUUUCUUCUUGCUGGUUCUGCCAUAUUGCCAUCCUUGUCUCUCUCUUUACCAAGGAUGAUUUCCACAGAACUCCUAAUUAAAAAAGCAUCUUCAAAUCUCAUCAUCCCUCCACCACUGAAGCUGUGAAUCUCUGCCCCUGUCUCUCUGAACGUACUCAUAGUUGCCUCUGACUCUAUUCUGGGGCCUUCCUGGUCCCAGAAGAACCGAGGACACUGAUGAGACACUGCCGCUCCUCUCACACGGCAUGUCUGUUGCCUUUAAUACGACAGUCCCUCUUUUUCUUUCUUUUUUCUUUUUCUCUGUUUGAAUAGAUGAUGAUUCUGCUUGUCCAUGUCUCACAAUAUCCAAAUGAAGUCUAGACCAAAGAUCAGCAGCAGGGCGUUCAACAGCUGAGUGUCUUGAGGAAAGAUUGAAAUGCCUCGUUCUUUGCUAAGUCCCGUGCCCUGAGCAAAUGUCCAGCUGUGUAGACUAUGUUCAGAGUGAUGGUGUACAUCUGGACUCUCAAUCUCUCUCUCUCUCUCUCUCUCUCUCUCCCUCUCUCUCUCUCUCUCUGGAUCAGCUUGCUCAUCAUUAAGACAAGAAUAAACAUGAGACUAAAAUAAAUAUCACAAAUGAGCUGAA